CCGCCAGAGAAAUACGGUAUGACGAUCUGUUUGUAUCUCAGCAAAAUUUCAUUGUUUACAUUGUUUGCAUUUUUUACGAUGAAUGCCAUCGAAAAUGAUUUAGAUCAUAUCGGCCGGAAUCAAAUAACCCAGAACGAAUUUUCGGUUGUUUGGUAAAGCAUGAACGGAGAUGUUUAAAGUCGUCUGAGGCGUAGUAGUCAUUGAAACUGAACAGAUGGAACUUGGGACGAGGAUGUACUCCGUGUCAUGUACAAAACAUCAUUUCGUACACAGGUGCUGGUGACUACAUUGACGAUAUCGUCACAGAAUUAGUAUUCGUGUAAGAAGCUGCAAUGGUGAAGUAGCUGAGGUUCAAACUAUUGUGGCUGAUGUUGACUUUGCUACAGAGGAGUGUUUCCAAAAUGUUGGGUUUUGUCGCCAACAAUUCCAGUCAUGGCUAGGCCUGCGAAUGGGUUUCCCCAUUAUAAUUGUUCCCUGUGUAGAAACACACGGUCAUUGGAGAUUCACAAUUUUAAAGGUGCACAUUCCCAGACAACCGCACGGCCUUCAGGAGAUUUUGAGCAUCUGCGGCAGCUAAGACCUUUGCAGCUAUUGCUGCGAUUUAGAGGCUAAUUCUAAUUGUCAGUGUUUAUGGAAGUUGGACAUUGUUCAUAUCCCAGAAGCUGAUUGUGAUGUCGAAACAAGCUUAGCCUCUAUGACCAUGCCCACUCGAAACAGAUAAGAAGCCAAUAGCAACUUCCGAAUACCGAUACUAGUCAUCUAGUUCUACGAAAGAGCAAAGUCCAAACACUCAAAGCAUCAGCCUUAGGGUUGAGAAGCAAAGAUGAAAGAUUCGAGAGGCUCAUCUCCAUGGAUUCGAGAUGGUCCACGGGUAAUCUCACACCCCAGCAUUGCAUGAUCGACCAAGAAACAUUGUGUUUUGCCAUUGGUUAUUCUUGAAAAAGUUAGGUCUCUCGAAAGAAAGCUCCGUCCUUAGUUUGAAUUGUUCUGCAUGGAAAAAUCGCAGAUCGAGGCUCAAAGAAUCCAGGUCCUUACCAAGUCAUGACUGCAAUAACAAAUCGUGGUCAGGUCUUGGACGUCUCGGACUAGUAUCACCAAAGUUCUUGGUUAGAUGUAUGUUUUUGAAACGUUUAUGGAGAGAAUAUGGCCAAGCACACCAAUGCAGUUCCUUGCUCGGCAUCCGUUCUUUUCAUUCAACCAAGCUUUUUGACUUCUGGCAGUAGUGGAAUUUUGUAUAAAGAACGUUCAUUCUCCCAGUGGAAUAUAUUUUUUUCAUCAUCAGCAUCUUCAGCAUCUUUUCUUCACUUCAUUUUAUCUUACAAUCUUUCCAUCUUGCGCCGGUCGCUUUAAAUUUAAUUACACAAACUAUCCUUAAUACUUUCCAAGUUCUUCAACUUUAAAACCAAUCAACCAAUCAACCAACCAACCAACUACCUUCAAAAUGCAAUAUACUUCAUCAAUCCUUCUUUUGGCCUUCGCUGCCACCAACGUCCUCGCCCACGGUGUCGUCACUGAAGUCCAAGGUGCCAACGGUGUUAACAUGCCAGCUCUCUCUGUCGCCGAUGGAACUCCUCGUGAUUGCCCAACCCCAGGUUGCGGUUCUGAGGCUGACACUUCCAUCCUCAGAGCUAAUGAGAUGGGUACUUCCAAGGCUUCUGCUCUUGGUCGCACUUCCACUGGUCCAGUCAGCGCUGCCAAGAUGAUCUCCAUGUUCAUGGGAGGUGAUGCCAACAGCACUGCCGCUGUUGCAGCUCGUGAAAUUCACGCUGCCAGCAUGCACAGACGCUCUCUCGUUGUCCGCGCCGCUGAUGGUGGUGCCAAGACUCCAUCCGGCACUUCAGAGACCGGUGUCAAGGCCGCUAUGGGUGCCGGUGCCACAUCUGGCAUGCCAACCUGCGCUGAUGAUGGAACUGUUAAGAUGACCUUCCAUCAAGUCAACCAAGAUGGUGCCGGACCAUUGACCGCAAUGGUCGACGCCACUUCCGGUGGAACUGACCCAGCUGCUUUCAAGAAGGCUGCAGUUACUCAGAACGUUCCAGGUAUCGGUAUCGGUGGUCUUUCCGCCGCUCAAACCACUGAUUUCCAAAUGGCUGUUCAAAUGCCAGCUGGUAUGACUUGCUCCGGCUCUGUCGGUGGCGCCUCCAACGUCUGUGUUGCCAAGGUCCAGAACAGCGCUCUCGCUGGUCCUUUCGGUGGAUCCGUUGCUUUCACCCAAUCCGCUGGUGCCAAGAAGCGUGCGAUCGAGUACAACCUCAGCAAGCGCCGCUUUGCCCGUGCUCUCGCUACCGAAUCCGAAUAAGCAUCUUCAAUAUGCUAGCAAUGGUCGAUAGUGGGUAAUGCACCCAAGUGGUAUGGAGAUGGAACAGGUUAUACGAUUAAUGGUUAUUAUUGGUUUAUAAGUGGCUCGGAAUUCCCUUUGUGUUAGAAAUUUCUUUUGUAUUGUGGUGGACUCUUGCUAGCGAUGGAGAAUGAGAUCUGCGAUUUCUUCUCCAGAGCUAGAAGAGUGGGUGGUCCUAUAGAUAUUGUGAUGAUGAAUUGACUUAUACUUUCCUUAUACACAUAAAGUCCUUUCAUAGAUGCUGAGCACGCUCAUUAUUUAAAUCUUAAUUAUGCUGAUCAAAA